AUGUCCGACCAUGAGGCUGGGGGUAUGCCGCCCUCGGACGACGACUUGUCCCUUCCGAAGGCCACCGUCACAAAAAUGAUCUCAGAGCUACUGCCGAACGACAUUACGUGCGCAAAGGAGACGCGAGACCUGAUUAUCGAGUGCUGUGUAGAAUUCAUUCACCUAGUCUCGUCUGAAGCGAACGAGAUAUGCGAACAGGAGUCCAAGAAGACCAUUGCGCCGGAGCACAUCAUCUCCGCGCUCAAGCGACUGGGCUUCGAGUCCUUCACAUCGGAAGUGGAAAGUGUGUUGAAGGACCACAAGCAACAGCAGAAGGACCGCGAGAAGAAGGUCUCCAAGCUAGAAUCCUCAGGACUGACAGAGGAAGAGCUCCUUGCACAGCAAGAAGCCCUCUUCGCCCAAAGUCGAGAGAAGUUCCGCACCGCCGCCCAGCAAUGA